GACACGGUGUCAAAUAGGGAGUGCUGCAACGUCACAUGCAAAUGUUCGGGAGAUGAAGGCAUCCGUGGCCUUCCAGGCAAACCAGGGAUAAAGGGUCUCCCUGGACAGAAGGGUCAUCCAGGCUUCCAGGGAGAGGAGGGAGGCGUCGGUGAGCGAGGGCCUCCCGGACCAAGUGGACCUCAGGGCAUCCAGGGCUGUUCUGGAUACAGAGGACAGAAGGGCAACCGAGGAGUCUCCGGCAACAGGGGUGAGAACGGAGAAGACGGACUGGACGGAGUCAACGGAGAGCAGGGACUUACGGGACUAGACGGAGCUCGAGGAGACAGAGGAGACCCAGGAAACCCGGGUAUCCCGGGUAUAAGAGGGGAGGCAGGGCUGAAAGGACAGCGAGGACUAAGAGGAGAUCCGGGUGAACCAGGCACUGAUAACAGGACCCCCGGAGCCAAAGGAGACCCCGGAAACCCAGGUUCACCAGGUGUACCCAGAGAGGACGGUCGGAAAGGAGAUCCUGGAAUCCCUGGAAACAGG